AUGGUACCCAGAAUAGAUCAUGUCUUUCAAGAUUUGGCAAAGGAAGUUGUGCGGUUCCUGGAUACCAAGCAUCAAAACCACUAUCAAGUCUACAAUCUAUGCAGUGAGAAAGCUUAUGAUCCUGAGCACUUCCACCAUAGGGUCCAUCGAGUCAUGAUUGACGACCACAAUGUCCCCACUCUGAAUGAGAUGCUGCAACUUGCGAAGGAAGUAGUUGAGUGGCUGGCUCAAGAUACAGAGAACAUUGUAGCGAUUCAUUGCAAAGGCGGCAAAGGACGCACAGGAACUAUGGUUUGUGCCUGCCUUAUUGCCAGUGAAGUGUUUGUAACUGCAGAGGACAGCCUUUAUUAUUUUGGAGAACGACGAACAGAUAAAACCACCAGCUCUAAAUUUCAAGGGAUAGAGACCCCUUCCCAGAGUAGAUAUGUUGGAUAUUUUGCAGAUGUGAAAAAUAUCUACAAUUUGAAUCUUCCUCCAAGGAAAAUCGUCAAGAUAAAAAAAAUUGUUAUUUAUUCAAUUCGUGGUGUUGGAAAUGGCAAUGGAAAUGAUCUAAAAGUACAAAUAACAAUGGAGCGAAGGAUUGUCUUUGUCUCUGCUGCUCACAUAAACUGCAGGGUAAGAGAAAGCACAUGAACUGAAAA